AUGGCUCGCGGUCUGGCCUGUGUCCUCGCCAUCUGUGGCUAUUUCCUGCUUGUCCAGGCCAUGGUGUCUUCCGGACGCGACGGCCAUGGCCUCAUCGGUUAUGGCAUCCAGAUGUAUUUCCCUGUCUGCGCCACUGCAUGUCGUGAUGUCCUCUCUGGAAGUCAGCUGAACUGCUCCGAGGUCAUGGAGAUGGACGACGUAGGAGGCAUGGACAUGGGUGGCGGCGACUAUAUGACUUCGCCCGAUUGUUACGCCACCGAUGACGCCUUCCUUCAGUCUGUAGCCUGGUGCAUCCGGCAGCGGUGCUAUGUCGACCCUAAGCGCCCGGACGAUCUACCCGUGUGGCAGGUCGAACGAUGGUGGCUUGACUACAUCCCCGGAAGACUCAAAGUGCAGCCGGAGCCCAAAGAGACGUAUCAGCAAGCAUUGGCCAAGGUAACGACGCCGCCAACUGAGAUCCUAGUCGCGGGUGAGCCACUGAACCAGACCAUGCUGGUUUCCGAUGGCGACUACUGGCCAGACCGAAAUGCAGACAGCAUCUUUGAAGUGGCCGAAGUUACUCACGAACGUUAUGCCCUCGUUGUCUUCUUAUCCGGCGUGAUCUUUCCCGUUGGCUUUUCGCUACUACGCUUUAUUCCGCUCCCCAAGACCUGGUUGACACUCUUCAAUGCUUGGGUCAUCGAUCCUCCGGCCAUUGGCCGAUACCAUAAAGUCCCUAUCUUCUGGGGUCUGACGAACAUGCCAACCCGCGGCCAGGCACUCUUCAUUGCCUACCUGACCAUUAUCAAUAUUGUUCUAUGCGCUGUCGGUUACUCGUCGAGACAGCCUAACUCGUGGUUCCCGGACGGCACCAGCCAGGAGAUCCUGUCGUACGUCACCAAUCGCAUGGGCAUCCUCAGUUUCGCCAACGUGCCGCUGCUCAUCCUGUAUGCUGGCCGGAACAACGUGCUGUUGUGGUUGACGGAUUGGAGUCACGAGACAUUCCUGCUACUCCACCGCUAUAUUGCUGCCAUCGCCACGCUACAGGCUGUCCUGCACUCUGCCAUUUAUCUACAGAUAUAUUCGGCUGAUGGCGAGCACGGCAGCGAAAGCAAGCUCCCUUAUUGGUACUGGGGCGCCAUUGCGACGAUUGGCAUGUCCAUCCUGCUUCCGACGUCGAUCUUGCCCUUGCGAACAAUGGUGUAUGAAGCCUUCUUGCUGUGGCAUGUGGCCAUCUCCGUGUUGGUGGUUGCAGGCUGCUACUUACACAUCUAUUACCGCUUCGACCAUCAAUGGGGUUACGAGGUUUGGAUCUAUGUUGCAUUUGCCGUCUGGGGCUUCGAUCGCGUCCUUCGUAUUCUGCGACUGGCUCGAAAUGGCGUCCGGUGGGCAAUUAUUUCUGUCAUCGAUGAUGAUUAUAUCCGCGUUGAUAUCGAAGGCGUUGCAGGUAACGGCUAUGCAUAUCUAUAUUUCCCCACCCUGACGUGGCGAGUGUGGGAGAACCAUCCUUUCUCUGUUGCGUCUACCUUUGUGCGCCCUGGGACGAGCGCGGAGGGAGCACAGCUGAACAUCGACAUUGAGAAGAAGGGGACUAACGCGGCCGAAUCAGGUCCUUCUAGCGACGCAGAUUCGAUAAGCACGGCCCCUUCUGCACCUUCGAAGCUGACGCUUACCUUUCUUCUGCGCACCCGUAGAGGCUUGACUGCGCUGCUGCGCUCUCGUCAAAAAUUACCAGUUCUCGUGGAGUCAUCGUAUGGCUCGCAUCUCGAUCUUUCUGAAUACCCCAAUCUAGUCUGCGUCGCCGGCGGGGUGGGAAUCACUUCGGUACUGCCACUUCUACGCUCUCAUCCCGGUCGCAGCAAGCUCCUCUGGGGGGUCCGCUCCAGCGGCAUCGUAGAAGCCAUGUCCACGGAGCUGAACGGUUUCGAAAAAGAAGUGUUUGUUGGUCACCGGAUGGACGUCCUCAAGGAGCUGGAGAAAGUACUGUGCUUUUCCCGGGAAAAUUCUGUCGUAGUGGUUAGUGGUCCAGCCAGCAUGGCCGACGAUGUGAGGAACGCCGUUUGUGCCAUUGGCAAGAGAGGGAAGAAGGCGUCGGUAAAACUGGUGGAGGAGUCAUUUUCAUGGUGA